GCGGGCCGGGCCGGGCUCCGCCAUCGCCGCCAUGGCCGCGGGCGCCUCGGUCGCCGAGUGCCUGCGGGAGUGGGAGGAGCUGCAGGACGGCUUCCAGCGCAUCCAGGAUAACCACAGGCUGUACAAGCAGAAACUCGAGGAGCUGACCAAGCUGCAGGACGGGAUCUCCAGCUCCAUCGCACGGCAGAAGAAGCGGCUGAAGGAGCUCUCACUCUCCCUCAAAAAAUGCAAAGCCCACGCCAGCCCCGAGCAGGAAUCUUCCAUCCAAGAGACAGAGAACCUGAUUAAAGAGAGGCAGAACGUUUUCUUCGAGAUGGAGGCCUAUCUGCCAAAGAAGAAUGGGUUAUAUCUGAGUCUGGUGCUCGGGAAUGUGAACGUCACACUGCUCAGCAAACAGGCCAAGUUUGCUUAUAAAGAUGAAUAUGAGAAGUUCAAGCUCUACCUCACCAUCAUCCUACUCAUUGUCUCCUCCUCCUGUCGGUUCCUCUUCAACUCCCGGGUGACAGAUGCCGUCUUUAACUUCCUCCUGGUGUGGUACUACUGCACCCUCACCAUCCGGGAGAGCAUCCUGAUCAACAACGGAUCCAAAAUCAAAGGCUGGUGGGUUUUGCAUCACUACAUCUCCACCUUCCUCUCAGGUGUCAUGCUGACAUGGCCGGAUGGGCUCAUGUACCAGAUGUUCAGGAACCAGUUUCUCUCCUUCUCCAUGUACCAGAGCUUUGUGCAGUUCCUGCAGUAUUACUACCAGAGUGGGUGCUUGUACCGUCUGCGAGCGCUGGGCGAGAGGCACAACAUGGAUCUGACCGUGGAGGGUUUCCAGUCCUGGAUGUGGAGAGGCCUCACGUUCCUGCUUCCCUUCCUCUUCUUUGGGCAGUUCUGGCAGCUCUACAACGCCAUCACCCUCUUCCGCAUGCUCCAGCACCCAGAAUGCAAGGAGUGGCAGGUCCUCAUGUGCGGCCUCCCCUUCUUCAUCCUUUUCCUGGGGAACUUCUUCACCACCCUCGGUGUUGUCCACCAGAAGUUUCAGAACAAGAACAAAGACACGAAGGAGAAGUGAAGGGGGGCAGUGUGGGUGCCAGGACUGUUUCUCCCCGCUGCCUCCAUCCCCCAUGCACAUCUCUCCUCGAUUCCGUCCGGACUCUGGUGUCUCAUCCCAUUCCUUGGAAGCCUGGGAGUGGGACAGAGCUUGGGCCCUGCUCCUGGACAGUCCGUGUGUUCACCGUGGUGCUGGA